AUGAUGAACUGUGCCGGGAACUCGAGCGCAGGAAGCCACUACCAAUUUAUCGAUCUCACCGACGCCGGAGAGCGCGAUGCUGCCACAUUGAGGGGCCUCCUGUUUCCACUUUCACCUUCCGUCGGGGCAGCAGCAGGAACGGAUGCGGCCGUCGGUGUCGAUGAUAGUGUCGCGGCCGUUGAAGGCGGUGGCAGAAAAGCUGCGGCCAGUGUUGCCAUGGAGUGUGCUUCCGGAGUGAUGCCAUUGUCAAGCGACCGUCACCAACGGCGGGACCCUCGAGCCAAGAUGGCCCCGGUAGUAGUUGGAGAGGACAUCAUCGUCAAUCCGCCGAUCCCGCUAAUCGCUACCCGCCAUCCCCCCGUAGCGCUCAAUCCCAAUGCGCAGGUGUUUGAUCCAAUGAUGAUGAUGAUGAUCUUGCCAAACGUUGAACCGACCAAUGGCGGCGGCGGCGGCGGCAGCGGCAGCAGCGGUGUCCAUCGAGAAUCGAACGCGCUGUUGGCAGAUCAGCCAGAAGGCUCGCUCAAUCGAGGAGGGCGGUUGAUGAUUGUUCCCGUUGGCGGUGGCCCCAAGCCGGGCGCGGCAUUCGUUUCAUCCAGCAGUCCCCCGGCCGGACUGGUUCCGGUGAUGCUGCCAUCCAUCGAGCGGCCAGCGCUGGUGUUGGAUCAGCCGUACCCGCCAGCGGAACCACCGGUACCGGUGCCCCUCGGCGUCGGUGGAUUCGUCACCGUAGCAAAGCCGCCGGCCAUAGGCAGCAUGCAUCUUGAGCAUCAUGCACCACCACCCUCCUACUUCCAGCCAGCCUUAGCCAACACCGUCACCUCCACAGCACCAGCAACGCUGCCGGCCCUCGUGAACGAAGCUGCCGCCAACAGUAGUGCGUUCGUCGUCGACCCGGCGCGGUUGCUGGAACGCGGAGAACCGUGGAUCGGUUGCUCGGUGCCUACGAAGUCGAGCGGAGGAGAAGAGGUUGCUUCACGGACUGCCAACGUCGUGACAGCAGCAGCGACUAUGCCUCCGCACACUAACAAUCCGCACCACCUUCAGCAGCAGCAGCAGCAACAACAGCAGCAGCAGCAGCAGCAGCAGCAGCAACAGCAGCAGCAGCAGCAACAGCAGCAGCCGCAACCGCAACAACAAACGCACAAUGUAGUGGUCCCUAAUGGUCGAGGUGGUAGUGGUGGAACCGACGGAAGACCCCCUGUCGGCGGAAACGAUGGAGGCGGACGAAAUUCCGACCGCGAUAACGCUAAUCAGCUACAGCUGAGCGUAUCCGCUUCGAACCAUCAACAGCAAGUGAUGCCGCACGUUUAUACGGCCUCGAUUCCGACCUCGGCUUACAUGCAGCCCGGACCGCACGGGAUGUACCCGGUGCAGAUGCUCCCCCAAUCCGUGCCAAACAAUGUGUACGUGAGCAAUCUGACGGCGAAUGUGAACGUGCACGGGUACAUGAGCCACGCGAUUUCCCCGUACCAUCUGACGACGGGCACGCCGGCCUACCUGCCGGCGGAUGUGGGCGCUGGGGGACAGGAUAUUCAGCUGAUGCAACAGGCGCCCAUGUCGAUGCCGCCGACCCGCGGAGCCACGCGUCGCGGUGGCCGAAACAAUCGCGGGGGCAACAAUUCGCGCUCCCGUGGUGGUUACGUGCCGCACUAUAUCCACCAACAGCAGCAACAGCACCAACACCACCAGCAGCAUCAGCCACAGGGAGGUAUGCUGCUUGCCCCGCAUCAUCAGGGUGGACCGGGCGGUCCCCAACAGCACUCGCAGCAACAGUCGCAGCAGCAACCGAACCAACAGGCAGGCGGCCAGCAGCAACAAACACCUCCAUCGUCUUCGGGCGGAGCGGGAGGUCCCUCGCAGCAGCAGCAACAGCAGCAGCAGCAGCAAGGUCCACAUCCGCCCCCUCAGCACACUCCCGAGCUUAUGCACCUGGAUGCCUCGAUGAUGGGAGGAGCUGGACAAUUCGGAGGCUUCGGAACGUACUACAUCCCGGUGAUGUCUUCGCCGCACGCCGCUGCACAGCAUGCGGCUGGAACGCCACUCUUCAUGACCACCGCGGCGCCGCACAUGCCGAUGUACUACAACCCGUCGAUACACGGCUAUCCGCCGGGCAUGAUGUACCAUGUCGUUCAGCCCGAUUACUCUUUGUACGAUGACAAGGGAGAGGAGCAGCAACAGCCGCACAGUGGGGUUGGCCAGGGAGGCCACGACGACGGUGGUAUGCAUGGAGGUCCGACUGGACCUCCGCCCAUGUGGGUCCCGCCACCGAUGGCACUGGAGUACCACCCGGAGGGGGUCGAAUAUCUCUCCUCAAACGAGGACGAUGGAGGCAACGGAGCUCCUGGUGGCGGUAUGAUGCAGACUGGACCACCUAUGCCAGCGCAAGUGAUGCAACCGCCGCCCCCGAUGGCCCACCAUCACGUGCUGGAUCCGAACGUGCCCGGAUUCACGAUGCAGAUGGCGGCACCGACACCGGUCCGAAUGCAGUCGCCGGAUGAGUACAUGAACCUUCAGGGACCGCCUCAGUCGCAGUCCGCCGCCUCCGGUGGUAUCGUUGUGUCGGCUGAAGAGUACAAUGCGCUCAACAACAACUCCAUCAUCCCGGCCAUCGCGGGAAAUACUUCGAAUGCCGUGACCAUGCACUCACCAAGCAUGGUCAGCAGCUCCACCUUGCCACCGCACUCGGUCGUUCCAGGAGAGAUGGUGAUCGGCGGGGCAGGCUACAUACUGGGCCCACCGCACCAGCAGCAGGAGCUUGUUGGUGGUGGUGGCGGUGGUCAGCAGCAAUCGCUUGAAGCGGAUGUUCUGGUUGAUCAGCAGCAGCAUAUCGAACAGCACCAGCUCGAGGGUGGUCCGUUGAAUAAUAAUUUCAUCGUGGACCAUCAGUACAUUCACUCGCAUCCACCGCCCCAUCUGGGACCGGCCGUGGUCCCACACCAUGUCCCUCAGCCUCUGCAUCCACAACACCAUCGAACACCGCACGGAGUUGCCUUGAACUUAACGGAACCACCACCAUCCGCCCUCAGUCAGCCGCCGUUCGCUCAUCACGCAGCCGAACUCCAUCCGGAGCUGUUGCAGUCGAAAGCGGCGUGCGGUACUAGUGGCCCGAUGGCUCUAAUGGUGGAAGGAGAUAGAAGCGACACCAACAACAACAACCACUCCCCGAAGCUGGUCGAUGCGGUAGUAAUGACCAAUUCCUCCCCGGCUUCGAUUGUAAAUAUCAACAGCAACAAUACGACAACUGCACCGCCGCCGCCGCCGCACCAUCAACCAUUACAUCACCCGCCGCAGCAACAGCACCAAAAACCGUCGACGGAUGCAAUCGGCAAUAGCAGCGUGCUCGAAAAACAGCAACACGUAGCCAACGCCCCUAAGCAGCUGCAACAGCAGCCACCGCAUUCGAUUGUGCCAAACCACAGGACGCCUCCGCCGCACCAAGGAUUCCAUCAGGGCCCACCGCCUCCAACGCAGCAGAAGCAACACAUCAGCGGGUACGCGGAUGUGACGAAAGGAACUCAGGAGCGUAUGGAAAAGCUUUCGUUGAAAGAUGAUCGCCGUCCUCCGGCUGCGUCUGGCGCUGUUGUGCAGCGCCAAAGUGGUCCACAAGGUCUCCCAACACCGAACGCCUGGGGUACCACCACUGGAACUACCGGUGUCGGUACUGGGACCGGCCCGAAGAAGAACACAGCGUCCGUGUCAGUGUCGGCCAUACCGAAUAAGGAGUUCCCGGUACAUCCGGUAUUUCCGGUGCACCCGGCGGCAGGUGCGCCACCGUCCGCUUCCAUUGCCACGAUGGGGACGACGGUGGUUCCGAAGCAGCCACAGUCGAUGGGUCAACAGUCUUCCUCUGCCGCGAACGUCGGUCACCAGAAAUCGUACGGACCCGGAGCUAACGAUGCCCAUAGCCAACGGCAUUCGAACGCCGUUAGUGGGGUUCAUGGUACCGGAGGAGUAGCCCCGAACGUAGGACCGCCCGGAGGUACGGUGAUGGGCGGCGGGACUACACCUGCGGCCUCGGCCCCACUGAUGGAAUCCAAAAAGGUCGAAGCCAUUCCACAGCGUACGGUGUCGACGACUGCCGCACUUGCGGGUAACAGUGGCGUGAUCGCCGCUGUGGAAAGCAGCAGUAGUAGCGUUGGCAAAGCUCACCAUCCGCAACAGCCACACCAGCAGCAUCAGCAGCAUCAGCAGCAGCAGCAGCAGCAACACACGGUAACUAAGUCAGCGGACAAACCAGCGGUUGCCAUUAACCACCCACUAAACAUACCGCCCCCCGAUCAUCAUCCACUAAACAUUCCACCACCAAUCAUUGUGCCCCCGCCACAGAUACCUCCCGGUGGAGCGCCACCUCAGCAGAACAAAACCUGGGCCAGUCUGUUCAAUUCCUCUUCCUCAUCCUCGACAUCAUCUUCGUCAUCGGCCACACCGUCGUCGUCCAUGGUACCGUCGUCGACGGCGACCCCAAACAUGCAUCCUGCGACGUCCGCACCGGCUACGACCACCACCGGAGCACUAGCCGUACCUUCGCCACUGUCCGCUGCAGUUGCGGCCCCGCAUCACCAGCAUUCGACGCCAGCCGGUGCUGCUGGCACGGUAACACCAGCCCACCACCAGCACCAUCAGUCCAAUGUCGCUGCCACUGCUCCACCGUCGGUUGCAGCCCAACCGCCGCCGCAGCCACAGCCGGCGCAGGUCAAUUUUGCACCUCCAGUCACACGAGCGCCUCAACCAGCCAUUGUCGGACCACCGAGCGUAGCCGCGGUGGUUGCGACAAACGGCACUGAUUCUAACGCCACAUCCGGCAGCGCCACCACCAGUAGCAGCAAUACCAGCACUAACACCGUAGUAGGUACCAAAACUCCGUCCAACGAUGGCACCACCGGGAGUGCGAAGAGGCCGGUUGCGAAGGUACAGCCGUACGAAAGAAACCACAUGACACCCGGAACCGGAGCCAUGUCGUACUCUUCCGCCGCUGCCUCCACUCCCGGGGUAGCAACAAGUGCCUCGUCAAACGUUACAGGAAAGGCUGGUAAUGCUAAUAAGACCCCAGGAGGAGUAGCUGGUUCAGGAGGAGGUGGCACAAAAGGAGGCUCGAGUGCUUCUGCGACCGAUCAGAAGGAUGAAUUUUCUCUCAAAUUUGGAGAGUUCCUCAGCAGUUACCACUUCGAAAACAGUAGCAUCAGCAUUGUGCCACGGGGGCUGAUAAAUCGAUCCAACUACUGCUACAUCAACACCAUCCUGCAGGCGCUGGUGGCCUGCCCACCGUUCUACCAUCUGAUGCGCACAAUCCGCUCGCUGCCCGCGGCCAAGAACGCCAAGCAUCCGAAACCGUUUAUCGAUGCCAUGUGCUCGCUGGUGGGUGAAUUCUCGCAGCUACCGAUGCGCUCGAAGAUGUCGCGCGAAAAGGGCAAAAAAGAUGACACACCGGACAUAGCGGUUGACACACCGUUCGAGCCGGUCGUAAUCCACAAGAUCCUGAACGGUGUGCGGUCGGACAUUUUCCAGAUCGAGGGUCGGCAGGAGGAUGCGGAAGAGUUUCUCGGCUGCGUGCUGAACCGUCUGAACGAUGAAAUGAUCGAGUUCAUGAAGCUAAACAAAACUGACCAGGGUGGCGUGAAUGGAGAAGAGCCGACGAAUGGCGAGGUGCACGGUGAAGAAGACGAUGAUUGGAUGGUGAUCUGUGGCAAUCGGAACAAGGGAACGAUAACGCGCACGACGGACUUUGGGCGCUCUCCUAUUAGCGAUAUAUUUGGCGGAAAGCUUCGUUCGCGUGUACAGCGCGACGGCGUGCCACCGACCUACAACAUUCAGCCGUUCUUCACGCUUCAGCUGGACAUCGAGAAAGCGGCCUCCGUGAAGGAAGCGCUGGAGCAGCUGGUAGGCAGGGACGAACUGGAAGGUGUGACAUGCACCAAAACGAAGCAGGAAGUGGCCGCCUGGCAGCAGGUUACGCUGGAGGAGCUUCCGGUUGUGCUGAUCCUGCACCUAAAGUGCUUCGAUUACAAGAUGGACGGAUGCACCAAAAUAUUGAAGACGCUGGACUUCCCGAUCGAGUUGAAAAUCGAUUCAAAAUUGCUGUCCUCGAAGGGGAAGAGCUACUCCGCCAAGCAGAAGCAGUAUAAACUGUUUUCCGUAGUGUACCACGACGGAAAGGAAGCAUCGAAGGGGCACUACAUCACCGAUGUGUUCCACGGUGGGUACGGCAGCUGGAUCCGCUACGACGACAGUUCCGUCAAACCGGUCACCGAGUACAAUGUGCUCCGACCGCGCGCACCUCGUGUACCUUACCUGUUGUACUACCGACGGAUGGACACACACUAUCAUGGUUCGAGCAGCGACAGUGGAAGCACUUACCAUCACCGUGGUAGCGGCAGUGUUGGUGGCGAUGGUGGCGGUGGCCGUGGCGGAGGAGGAGGCGGCGGUGGUGGUGGCGGUGGUGAUAGUGGUGGCGGCGGCGGCGGCGGCGGUAGUGGCCGCAGUGGUUCGUAUCAUUCGAGCAGCGGCGCCGAGAGGCACAACAAUGCGCACCAUCAUCACAACAACGAUCAUGGCAGAGGUGGUUACGGUGGUGGACCGUAUUACGGCAACAGUGGCAACAGUGGAUACGGACACACCAACAGUGGCCAGUAUGGCAAUGCGAAGUGA